GUAAUGGUGUAAUUUUUUCCGAGAAUUAUGAUAUUUGCGUGUGCGUGAGAGAGAGAGACUUUUUGUAUCUGAGCCAUUUUUCUCUGAACCCUGACAGAUAUAGCAGCCAGUCCACAUAAUGCGGGCCCAGGAUGGUCUAGAUCUGGAAGGUUAAUUACUGAGACCCACCUGCUGACCCUUACCCAUGUUCUUCUGCUCCGGGGGACCUGUCCUCCUACGCUCCCCAGGAAACAUGCUUAUCUUCUGGAUGUCUUGUGGAUCACUUCUCCCUCCCCUGGUCCUCUGCUAUAAUGGAAAAGAACGCUGCACAAUCCAGGAGAACAAACAAUAUCAUGUGUCCCCUGUGCUUGAGUCCCUGCGGUGCUACAAUGACUACAGCUCCUACGUCCGCUGUAGCUGGGAAGAGAGUCGACACGCGUCCUCACAGGCCCUGUUAGCCCUAUACUACUGGGACGACACUGAGAACCGUGAGUCCCUAUGUAAACCCUAUGGUCAGCCAGCAUCGAAUGCCAACAACAGCAAGCUCACCGCCCAGUGUCAUUACAACACUCGUGACUUUGGCAUCAAUACCAACCAUGUCUUCUUCUUCAAGACCUCCUGUCCCCCUGCCCUGCUUCUGUCUAAGAAUCUGAGGGUGCGUCCACCAGUCCACUUAUCACAGCAGCCUGUAGAGAGAGGGGGCCGUUUGCUCAGCUGGGAAAGCCCCUACCCCACAACGUCCCUCCUAACCCCCACUCUCAACUAUCAGGUCAACUACAGGAGGUCUAACCAGGAUGACUGGACAGCAGUGAAGGUUCAGAACACCCAGCUGAGUGUGGAGGCUGAAGAUCAGGUGCCUGGCUGCCAGUAUGAGGCCAAAGUUAGGGCAAAGGGGAAGACGGGACUGUGGAGUGAGUGGAGCUCUCUAGUGACCUGGAUGACUGAGGACGACCCUGUGCCAGGCCCCUCCAGUGCGCAGUGUGUGGUGGAUGACGAGAAAGUGGUGACAUGCAGCUGGGAGGUGAAGAGAGACCUGGCUCAGUUCCUUACCUUCCAUCUGUCCUGCAAACACAACCACACUGCACCAGCCCAGAAAUGCUGUGUUAACACCAUGGUCAGCGCUCCAUCCAGGGGUCCAAUGCUCAAAUACAGCUGCUCCUUUCCUGUCCCAGACUCAGAACAGCUAGAGGUGGAGCUCAUCCCCACAUACAACAGCAAAAUGUUUAAAACACAUAAAAACAUCCGUCCAAACCGUCCACUCCACGUGCAGAUAGAAGCUCGAGACGGGAACUGGCUUCUAAAAUGGAAUCCGCCAAAAUCAAAUGUUGAACUCACCUAUCAGGUGCACUACUGGAGUAAUGACACUCGGGAGGACACUAGGUUCCUCAAUGUCUCCCAGGGGUCCCUCUCGCUCUCCAUCCUGGGGGGGUCCCUGCGCCCCUCUGAGUGCUACCUGGUUAAGGUGAGAGCCCUGGUGGUCCCGGGAAGGGGUGAUACUUUCGAAGGACCCCCCUCAGAAUGGACCGACCCAGUGGAGUGGACCUCACGACAAGCUUCCUGGUCCAUCACCACCUUCCUCUACGUCUUCAUCAGUGUACUGGUGGCCAUUGUCUUCAUCGCUCUCUAUGUUACCAUACCAGCCUGUCACAGGAGGGUAGUCCUGUGGGAGGUGUCUGUCCCGUCUCCCCUCAAGAGCAAGGCACUGGGAGAGGUCAUUAAGAAGUCUCCUGAUAGGUUGUUAUUUCCCGAGAGUGAGAGAAGUGAAAAGACCUACAUCUGCAGCGUACAGACACUGGAGAGCAGGGAGGAUAUCAGUCUCUGCUUUAGCUGCUCUUCAGAUAAUCCAUUGUGGUUGACCCCAGAUGUAAAGGCCAAUGGACUGUUGCAUCCCAUUACCAAGGAGGGGUGGAAGAAGUAUGACCCAAACCUUUCCUCCCUACUUCUGUUGUCUGUGGACAGAUCUUGCCCUCCUGCUCUAGACUCAUCCGGCUUCAGCUUCAGUGGCCCUUACAUCUUGUGUGGUGACAGUUCACCGGCGCCGAGUGAGUUUCUGAGUCUGGAGCCUCCCUGUGAGGAGUCCGACAACACUCUCUCUAUCUCUGACCCCUCUUCUCCCUCUGCCCCAUCCUUCUUGGAGUCGAGUGAGGGCUAUGUGGCGAUGCCUCAGGUCAGUGCUGGCCUGUCCAAAUCAACAGAGGGAGUGUCUGAUGGUCUUAUGAGCGCUGUAGUAACGGACGACCGUAAGAACACUGGUAACAACAACGGCAACAAUGUCGUCAUCAUGGCAUGGCCCAAGUCAGAGCUCCUCCCACCCCGACCUAGCUCUAUGUCCACCUGCUCACCACCCAAUGAGAAUGAAGACCCUCCUCCAGCGUACAUGGCCCUCACCACCACCACCCCCUUCACAUUGUCCCCAGUGGACCCUAUCCUACAUACCUCUGGGUACUGCUUCCUCCCGGCUCUACAGGCACUUGGGGGCUGGGGCCAUGUGCAGUCUUCUGGGCCACCUAAAGGGGGCAGUCAAGAGCAGCAGGCAGGGAGGAGAGAGAGGAUGCAGGAGGAGCAGUGCAAGGAGGAUCCCUAUGUCAGACUGUCCCAGCUAGCCACUUAGCUAACCCCAUCUAAUGCUGGAAUACAUGCUCAGGACAUGAGGGCCUCUAUAGGCCACUGUUCUCAAUAUUUGAUCCAUUCUAACACUAACACACCUGACUCAACUAAUCACAAGAGCUUGAUUAUUAGUUGGACUAGCUCAAUCAGGUGUGUUAGUGUUGGAAUGGACCACGUGUUAAACUACUGAUUUGUGGUCACUGAAGACUGGGUUGGGAUUGAGAAAGACCUCUAUUUCUAGGAGGGAUAACUGUGGAGCAUCAUACAGUAGCCGUCCUUGAUUACUCACAAUGCCCAGCAGAUGGCAGCACUGUACUUACUGUGUAUCUAUUGAACUCAAGAGGUGGCCUAUGGAUUCUACUGUAAGGACUAACUACAAACACAGAAGCAUACUGCAGUAAGCCAUUCCUCUCUGGGUGGUAAGGUGACUCAGGGCCAGAAUCCCAGGUUUCCACCACAUCACAUGGAUGGCAGGGUGGCACUGUUGAGUUGGUGGCACAGCCUCUGUCAGUGCUAGUGGCUGUUCCCGUCGUUCUACGGCAGGGGUCGGCCCACGGGCCGCAAAGUGUUGUGUUACAGAAUCAAAUCAAAUGUCAUUUGUCACAAGCUUCGUAAACAACAGGUGUAGACUUACAGUGAAAUGCUUAAUUACAGGCCCUUCCCAACAAUGCAGAGAGAAAAAUAUAGAACAAAAAUAACACGAGGAAUAAAUACACAUUGAGUAACGAUAUAUACACUGGUUACCAGCACUGAGUUGAUGUGCAAGGGUAUGAGGUAAUUGAGGUAGAUAUGUACAUAUAUGUAGGGGUAAAGUGACAAGGCAAUAGGAUAGAUAAUAAACAGUAGCAGCAGUGUUAGUGCAAAGAGUGUCAAUGCAGAUAGUCUGGUUAGCUAUUUAGUAGUCUUAUGGCUUGGGGGUAGAAGCUGUUCAGGAUCCUGUUGGUUCCAGACCUGGUGCAUUGGUACCGCUUGCCAUGCGGUAGCAGAGCGAAUAGUCUGUGACUUGGGUGGAUGGAGUCUUUGACAAAUGUUUUCCUUUGAAACCACCUGGUGUAGAGGUCCUGGAUGCUAUGACCGUUCACACUACCCUCUGUAGCGCCUUGCAGUCGGAUGCCAAGCAGUUGCCAUACCAAGCAGUGAUGCAACCAGUCAAGAUGCCUUUAAUGGUGCAGCUGUAGAACUUUGAGAAUCUGAGGGCCCAUGUCAAAUAUUUUUAGGCUCCUGAGGGGGAAGAGACAUUGUCGUAACUUCACAAAUGUGUGGGUGGACCAUGUUUAUUCCUUAGUGAUGUGGAACUAAGGAGCUUGAAGCUCUCAUCGCACUCCACUACAGCCCCAUCGAUGUGGAUAGGGGUGUGCUCGGCUCUCCGUAUCCUGUAGUCCACGAUCAGCUCCUUUGUCUUGCUGAUGUUAAGGGAGAGGUUGUUGUCCUGGCACCACACUGCCAGAUCACUGACCUCCUCUCUAUAGGUGGUCUAAGCAGCCUUAAUGAUGGCAUUGGAGUUGUGCGCAGCCAAGCAGGCGUGGGUGAACAGGGAGCACAGGAGGGGACCAAGCAUGCACCCCUGAGGGGCUCACGUGUCGAGGGUCAGCGUGGCAAACUUUUUACUUCCUUGGUGAAAUGUGAGGACACAUUUCAAAAAUAGAGGGGGAAGAUGUAACAGGGUGGAACUGUUGAGUUGGUCAAUGCAGCCUUGUGCCUCUGUCAGUGCCAGGUGUGUGAGAUUGUUGAUUGUAAUUAAGGGUGUGGCCUUCCGUGUUUAACUUGGCUGUUCUUGUUGUUCUACAUAGUCGCAUUACCAUGAGAAGGUUGGCAUGCGCAGGGAGGAUGGGAGUGGCAACAUUGGGCUAGUCCAAAUUCGGAAGUAUAUCCGGGGAUUUUGUACGUGUGUACGGCAAGAGCACCCAAGAGUACCCGUAUGCCAGCACGAUCUGGAGCUUUCAAGGAACAUGUAUGCCUGGAGCUGAAGAUGAAAAGAUGGUGUAAAAUAUUUUUGUUGUUGUUCACUAUACCUCUGCCUAUUAUUCUCAUGCUCCACUCCCCGACAUUAGAGAACCUGUGUGUUUCAGAUGAGUCCCGAGGACCUCCCCUCGCGUAUAGAAAUGUGCCGUACUAUCGACUACGGGAAUAGGUAGAUAUAUGUAAAUCCCCCAUGUUACACAUCAGAAGAGGGCACACAGUAGUGAAGGUUGAGUCCCAAAUGCCUCCGUGUUCACUAUGUAGGGAAUAGGGUGCCAUUUGGGACUCAGACUUAGCUACUGUGUAUCCUCCUCUGAAAGGUUAUCAUAGCGGGGAUACUUAGGAGAGACCGGGGAUGGUUGUAACACAGGAUAGUUGUAACACUCUCAAUAUCUCUGAUCAGGAACAAGCUAGAAUCACGUGACUCACCGUGCACAAUCUAUUGUGAAGAAGCAAGACCCUGUGGAUAAAUAAAUAAUAAAACAAAUUGACCAAAUGUAUUUUGCAGAUAGCAUCACCUGCUUUGUCGUUAGAUUCACCAGACUUAUCAGGUUCAUAACCCGUGUGUGUAUAUAUUAUAUAUAUGCUAUCAAUGCUAAAGUUUGAACUUAGCUAAAAUUGAAGAUAGCUCAAGGGUCAGGGUUAGUUGGAACAAGCCUAAGGAGGUCUGGGUACUGGGAAUGCAGAUUGCCACAGGAGGAAUGCUGCCAGACAUUUUGGUGCAGUAGAAAGAUUAGCACACCUCAAAUCCAGUGGUUGUGAGGUCAAAUCCCAGGUGGAGUUAUAUUUUAGAUGAACAGUUUACCACUUACUUUAAUACCACCAUACCAUGACUUUAUUAUAAUGGUUUGGGACCAUCAUGUGACGUCCUGACGACUGGUAAAACAAGUGUCUUGAGAACAUCCACUUGCUUAAUCUCUCGGUCACUUUUGUUUUGAGCCAACUUUGCCGUGGGCAUUGAACGGGGCACUUGGUUCACGCCCGGGAGGCAGCCUUGUUCCAAACGGAAUGCAAUCACUUUUUUACCCAGGGCAAACUUCUCCUGCCGGGGCAACCUGUGUCAGAUAAUCAAAUCCCUUCAAUGUCUCAUGUGAAGCGUUGGGGAAAAAAACACGUGCACAUGAUUUAACAUGUGAAAUGUCACAUGUGUAGUUUCAUGGUAACACAUGUUGAAAUGUUGCAUCCCCGUGUCACAUGUAUUGAACAUGAGAUCACGUUCUCACAUGUGCUCACGCUGUCACAUUUGAUCACAUUAACUUCACAUAAAAUGACACGUGUGGAAUUCAUGAGUUUUUUUUUUACAUAAGAGACACCACAAACAUUCAGUUGUUUAGUCCAGAUGUUCUUGUUUAGUUGUCAGAUUUUGUUGUAGUGGUUGAGAAGGGCCAGUUAAAGAAAUGUAAAAGAUAAUAAACAUUUUAUGAUUUUUAUUAUUAUUUUAUUAUUUCUGCUGCACAAAAUGUUAACCUCUAUGGGAUCGGUGUCCCUCCGCAGGACGGUUGAGCUAACGUGCGCUAAUGUGAUUAAGCAUGACAUUUUAAGUAGCAAGAACAUUUCCCAGGACAUAGACAUAUCUGAAAUGGGCAGAAAGUUUAAAUUCUUGUUUAAUCUAACUGCACUGUCCAAUUUACAGUAGCUGUUACAGUGAAAUGUUUUUUUCAUUGUAUUAUCUUUUACCAGAUCUAAUGUGUUAUAUUCUCCUACAUUCAUUUCACAUUUCCACAAACUUCAAAGUAUUUCGUUUUCAAAUGGUAUCAAUAAUAUGCAUAUCCUUGCUUCAGAUCCUGAGCUUCAGGCAGUUAGAUUUGGGGAUGUCAUUUUAGGCGAAAAUGGAAAAAAAAGGGUCCGAUUCUUGAGAGGACGUGACAAUAAGGCUCAAUAAGGCUUUCAAUAUUUCGUUGCAUAUCAUGAUUUCUGCAUUUUUUUAACUGUUACAUUUCACCCCAGGCCCUGUUACAACUGACCUGGGAGGUGACAUAAAUUGUUAGCAUUGUACUCCUUGUCUGUUUGAUUUAGAGAGAUAAACACCUAAUACCUAUUGGUAGCAGACAGAUGGGAGCCGUUCCUAUCACAUUUUGAAUGUAGCAGCUUAAACAUUCUCUGAGAAAUUGACAAAAAUGCUAAAAGUGUUAGAACCAUCCCCAGUUUCCCCAAGGUUAUGAAUGCUUCACCAGCACAGAGCAAAUGUUAGUCUUUGGCACACUACAUAUGCCCUGUUGGAUCAUCUGGUGCCCUUAACUAUUUGUCUGUCCUAUUUACUUCUGAAAUAUUCAAUAUAAUAUACAUUUUAGAUUUUGCUUUAUAUGAGAUAUGAUAAGCAGUUUGAUAUAUGAAAAAUGGUGUCAACUUUUUCCUGUAUUUCAUGUGUUUUGUGGUGUAGGCCUAUUUCUAGGCGAUCAUACGAUUAGAUGAUGUUGUGAAACAAGCUUUCUGUCACACUUUCCUUCCCCAAAUGCUCCAUUCAAGUAAAGAAAAAUGUCACCAGAUGGAUGUGCUAUGAUGAUUUUUUUUCCCCCCGUGUUUUUUCUGUAUAGCGAUUCUCAUUGUGCCUAUCCUAAUAUUAUCAGGUUAAUAUCAGAGGUUAAUAAUGUAUACAUUUAUUAUUAUUUAAGAAUAAAAUGACUAUGGCUUUG